UGCCAACAUCGUUGCAUUUAUCGCUUUUAGAGUCAGCUCUAACAACUGGCAAAUACUAGCUCACGAUCAUAGGACUUUGCAAACACAAUUUUUGAAUAAGGACGAAUAGCCAGGUAGUGACUCUCCUUGCCCCACGAUGUCGGACAACCCCGCGCCCACGUCCUCGCCGACCAAGUCGAGCCUCAGCGACUUACGGCAAUUUCGCAUCAACAAAGGCGCCGCCUCCUCACCAUAUCCUGCGAAAACUGAGCGCGUGCCCGGCAAGAAGCGUAUUUCGGUAAUGGCCGACAGUGACAGCGACAGUGCCGACUGCCAGACUCCCAAGAAGACCAAGCUGGAGCUGACCGUCAAAGAGAAGGAGGAGCGGUACAUGGCAGCUGCAAAAAUUUCGCCACAGUACGACACGAUGGCAAUUCAAGAGUCACUCUCCCGGACCAACUGGGAUGUGGCCGCCUCUGUGCGGUACCUGCGCGAGAACUGCAAGCCCAAGAUCCAAGGCGCCAAUGGACCACUAGUUAAACCAAAGCUGAAGCCGAGCUCGAAUGGGAUCAGUGGCACUUCCCACGGCAGCUACUCUGAUAACGACUACUCGGACGACGAGGAUGUCAAGCAAGGCAAGGAUCAAGUAUACGACAGCGAUGACAGCGACAGCGAGAUGGCCAGCAAGAUGACAGGACAGCGUAAGAAGGUGUUCCAGUUCAUGAACGAGGCUACACUUCUAGAGUUGCAAAGUGUUAAGACACUUUCAGAAAAGAAGGCAACAGCUAUCAUUGAGCUGCGGCCCUUUGAGGACUGGGCCGGAUUGCGAAAGAAGCUGGAGAGUAAUAAGUUUUCAGGAGACCUGCUUAACUACGCCCAGGAUCUGAUCAACAAGCAAAAUACCGUGGCCACCAUUCUGAGCAAAUGUAACAACAUGGUGUCGCGCCUGGAGAAGGCCAUCUCCACUGGUGCCGGCAUUGUGGAGCAGCCCAAAAUCCUCAGCAGCGGUUUGCAAUUAGCUGACUACCAGAUCAUUGGACUCAAUUGGCUCACGGUGAUGCACAGGCAGGAGAUGAAUGGCAUUUUGGCCGACGAAAUGGGUUUGGGUAAGACCAUUCAGGUGAUCGCAUUCCUGGCUUACCUCAAGGAGAACAGUCUUAGCCAGGGGGCCCACCUAAUUGUGGUGCCUUCUUCUACGCUCGAUAACUGGGAGGCGGAGAUCAGCCGCUGGUGUCCCAAUCUGGUUGUGGAGAAGUAUCACGGUUCGCAAGAUGAGCGCCGAAGGAUGCGGGCGCGCUAUGCUAAAGACGGAUUUUCAGGCUUCGAUGUCCUGCUAACUACUUAUCACAUUGUCGGCUCGACGCCCGAGGAAAGGAAAAUGUUCCGCGUUUGCCGGCUAGACUAUGUAAUCUUCGAUGAGGCACACAUGCUCAAGAACAUGACCACGCAACGGUAUGCUAAUCUCAUCACCAUCAAUGCCCGGAGCCGCAUCCUCCUCACUGGCACACCGCUGCAGAACAAUCUGCUGGAGUUGAUCUCUCUAUUGUGCUUUGUGAUGCCGAAGUUCUUUGCCAAAAGGAUCGAGGACAUCAAGACUUUGUUUGCCAAGAAAAGCAAAACCGAUGGUGAUCAAGAGGAGGUGUCACAGUUCCAGGAGACACAGAUCCAGCGGGCAAAGCGCAUAAUGAAACCGUUUGUGCUCCGGCGCCUCAAGAAAGAUGUCCUCAAUAACCUGCCCAAGAAGCUAAGCCUCGUGGAAAAAGUAUCCAUGAGCAACCAACAGAAGCAGUACUAUCAUGAUCUGGUCGAGUAUUAUUCUAAUAACAAGGGCGAGAUCUGCAGCAGCAGCGAUCGCGCCGCUAUGACGAUCAUGAUGGAGAUGCGUCGCAUUGCAAACCAUCCACUUCUGAUGCGUCAUUAUUUCACCGACGAGAAUCUGCGCGAGUUCUCUAAGCGCCUGGCCAAUUGCAGUUCCUACAAGAAAACCAAUGAGCAGUAUAUCUUUGAGGAGUUGGCCAUAAUGUCGGACUUCCAAGUCUAUCAGUUAUGCCACAGAUACGAGUUGUUUGACGUUAAGAUACCCGACCAGUUAAUAUGCGAUUCCGGGAAAUUCGAGUACUUGGAUGAGCUUCUUCCAAGGUUGAAGGAAGAGGGUCACCGGGUGCUGCUCUUUAGCCAGUUCACCAUGAUGCUGGACAUUGUGGAGGAGUAUCUGCGGAUAAGAAAGCACGGAUUCUGUCGCCUCGAUGGCUCGACGGCGGUAAAGGAGCGUCAGGACCUGAUCACCGACUUUAAUGUGGACGACAAUAUCUUCGUGUUCUUGCUCUCUACCAAGGCGGGCGGCGUAGGCAUCAAUCUGACUGCCGCCGACACCUGCAUUAUUCACGAUAUCGACUUCAAUCCGUAUAACGAUAAGCAGGCUGAGGAUCGUUGUCACCGCAUGGGCCAGCAGCGUCCUGUGACCAUUUACCGCCUCAUAUCCGAGAGCACCAUUGAGGAGGGCAUACUGAUGUCCGCCGAAGAGAAGCUAAAGCUGGAGAAGGACAUCACGUCCACCGAAAAGGGUGAGGUGCACGAACAGCGGUGCGUGGUCAAGCUGCUAACCACAGCCCUUGGACUGGACAAGGACCAGGAGGAGCAGCUCAACAAUUCGCUAAGCAACUCCAUAACCUCGCCCCAGAAAUAGGCCUCGUCCAGGACCACACUUUCGUAUUUAUAUUCUGGGCAAGCACUUCCUUCCGCUAACAGAAAUCAUGUUUGAACCUUUUUAGUUAUUUUAGAAAACAAUUGUAUUUAUCUUAUCUUAUAUUUGUACUAAAGGAUAGUUAGAUAUGGUCGGAGGUCUGCCCGCAAUGGGCCAUAAAUAUCUAUUAAGGAAGUUUUUCCUCCGUUAAGACGACAGCUGUUUUUACUAGCAACCCAGCACAUUUCCACAAAAAGCCAGACGGCUACAAAGUUUUCUGUUCCGUUGAUUCAUGUUUUCUGUUUUAUGUAGUUUCCGUCUCUGUAAGAAUGUUUUGUAUCGAAUUAACCACUUUGUUUAUGUAUAAGGAUUAAUUACAUUUGUGUACGAAAA